AUGGAAAAGACCGGGCGAAUCCUAGUAACUGCAGAUCUAGGCAGAGAAUACGGAUUUCGAGAUAUAGAUGGCCGCGAUCCACCAAACUAUCAUAGCCUCUCUAUUGCCUUGGCUCAUGCUGGAUACCGGCAAGCUACGCAGUGGAUUCCGUCAUGGGUGAAGGAUGGUUAUUGCAUGGAACAUCAAGUCCGCUUUAGAAAUGCUCAAAUGUAA